AUGGACCUCAAAUUCAAGCCUUAUCAUCCUAAGCAAGCCAAGCAGAGACAGAAAAAGCAUUUAAUAGCACGCUCUACACCUGCUCCGACAAGCACUAUAAGUGUUGGCAGUCUCUCUCCACUCUCAUCAGUUGCUGGCCAUAGAUGUUCUCAUAUUGAUGAGAAAUUUAUUCCAGUAACUAUCACAAAUAGAGAUGAAAACCCUUAUUUUGAUUUUCCUACUACAGAGGAAUGCUUGGAUUACUGUUUGCCUACAUCAGAAAAUCCAGUAACUGACUCUACUAUCGACCCCCAAUACACUAGCCGGGAUCUCAGCUGCCAUGGUUAUCGGCAUAAGGAUGAUGAGCUAAGACAAAAACUUCCAGUGGCAAUUACCACAAUGCGUUUAACCUCCGAGCUGAACAUUGAGCGAGAAGCUUAUAACAUAAAUACCCCUGAAGAAGGGAGCAAUACAGAGAUCAGUUCAGCCGAAUACGUUUGGUCACCAGAUACAAAGACCACUCUAUCAACUGUCUCGAGCAUCAUUACACCUUUAACAACCUCACCACAUUGCCAAAACCAAUUUUGCAGAAAUCAAGAUGCCUUUAUUCCCAGAAAAGAUAACAUACAAGAUACUAGCCCCCAGAUAACUGAUUUAGAUGUAUCUGGUGCUAUAUCUCACGCUGCGCUAUCUGGAAGGAACAGUGCAGCAUCAGAGUCUCAGGAGUCUUCGUGCUCAACCCCGAGCGGCAGGCGAGUCAGCCUAAAUGGGAUGAAUCUGCACGCCGUUGCUGCCGCAGCAAGUAUACUACCCAGCAUCACAACAGAGCCCAGCAUCACAGAGCCUGGCUUCUUCAAGAAAACCCUAGCUCCAGUUGAGAUACCCUCAUCAACAAAGCGAUUAGUUUCUGAACACGACGCAAGCAGUGAGUCUCAGCGUUCUGGGUCAGAAGCCUACCAUUCGCCGAAGCGACGCAAACUUACAUCGAAUACAUCUGAAGAAAUUAUUUCAUCGAUUCGUAACGCUGCGGAGUCAAUCUUGAAGGUACUGGACAUGCUGUCCCCGGUCCAGUCACAUGACCCGACAGCAGACAUCAGCGUCCAGUCUAUACAUGAUACCAUAGAGGUAGCCGUUGACGAAAUAGCCGAUGACUGGAGCGAUACUCUCUCAAGCACACAUUCCAGCCCUAGUGAGAGCGAAAGCGAAGCCGAGCUUGGUAACUCACAGUUGCAGAAAAGUAUACAGCGUCGCAGAUGGACAAAAGGAGAAGAGGAUCUUCUUAGACGACUCAAGCGCUCCCAGCAGAGCAACGGCACUCCAUCGGACUAUUAUAUCGCAAAGAAAUUGAAGCGCACAGAGAAUGGUGUCAAGCAACAUUGGGAUAUUAUGCAACAGAAGGACAAGGGCAAGCGCUAG